AUGAUCAUCUUAUUCUACUUCUCGCUCGUUCUCAGCUUAUUAUCCAGCGAUGUGCUUGCAUCUGUGCUCGCCAUCGACUAUGGCGCUGACUGGAUCAAGGCCUCGCUCAUGAAGCCCGGCAUCCCGUUCGACGUGCUCCUAAACAAAGACUCGAAGCGCAAGAUUCAGUCUUCGGUCGGAUGGAAGCAAAAUGACAGGUUGUUUGGGUCAGAUGCAGCAGCAGUUGCAGGACGUUACCCCGCCGACUAUUUCUCGUCAUUGAAGCUCCUGCAGGCAGUACCAUACGACUCGGAUGCGGUAUCGUUCUACAAGUCCAUCUCUACAGCAGACGUUGUCGAAACCGACCGCGGGACUGUAGCCCUACGCCGCCCAGACGGCACGGAGUGGUCUGCUGAGGAACUCAUUGCGAUGCAGUUUGCGUACGUCAAGCAGCUAGCAGAGGAUCUAGCCGGAGAGAAAGUGUACGACGUCAUCGUUGCCGUGCCGCCAUACUACACGCAGUUUGAGCGUGACGCCGUUGUGGACGCGAUUGAGAUCGCCGGUCUGCGCACGCUUGCGCUCAUUAACGAUGGUACAGCGGUGGCAGUCAAUUAUGCCAUGACACGCACGUUCCCCACGCCCGAGUACCAUAUCAUCUACGACGCCGGCGCGUCCUCCAUCCGUGCGACCGUCGUCGGGUUCUCGUCCGUGGCGACGGACCCCAAGUCCAAGUCGCUCACAAAAGACAGUGUGCAGAUCUCAGUCGCAGGCGUCGGCUUUGACCGCACGAUUGGCGGGACGGAGCUUGACCGCCGGCUGCGAGAGAUCAUGAUCAACGACUUCCAGCGAAGGUACAAGCGGGAUAUACGCAGUGACAAGCGGGGUAUGGCGAAGCUAUGGAAAGAGACUAGUCGUGUGAAAGCAAUAUUAAGCGCGAAUGCAGAGGCAAUGGCAUCGGUGGAGAGCGUGGCGUUCGACAUCGACUACCGAUCAAAGAUUACUCGCGCGGACUUUGAGAUUGCGUGCAAGGACUUGAAAGGGGAGUUUGCGCGCCCCAUAUUUGAUGCCUUAGCGAAUGCCGGCAUGACAUUGAACGAUAUAUCGUCGGUCAUUUUGACGGGUGGUGCAUCGAGGACACCCAUGAUCCAAGCGGCACUCAAGGCCGCUGUCGGAGACAAGAUUGCGAUGAACGUGAAUGCGGAUGAGGCUGCUGUUCUCGGAGCGGCCCUCCACGGGGCGGGUCUGAGCAAGCAAUUUAAGACAAAAGAUAUUCGAGUGCAAGAUAUCGGUGCCUACGACAUUCAGGUUUCCUAUCCUGCGGAGGCAAAGACGCCCAACGCACGUCCGCGCACGAUCAAUACGCUCGUGUUCCCCGCGGGCUCGAAGACGGGCAGCAGGAAGACGCUUACGUUCAAGCGCUCGGAUGACUUUCCCGUCAAAAUGGCGUACAAGAGCCGCCCUGACUCUGCGUUCCCUACGGAGGUUCUGCAAGCAGACAUCAUCGGCGUGGCGGACGCGCUUCAGAAUCUGACAGAAAACGGCGCGACUGAUCCCGUUGUGAAAGCUACGGUCGUCCUAUCCGAGUCUGGAUUCACGUCUGUGCACGACGCUGUCGCGUUUGGCGAGAUCAAGGACGAAUCAUUCACAGGAAAGCUGAAAGGACUGUUUGGAGGGGGUGCGUCUUCCUCGGUGGAGAUGCCUGAGGACGGUGACGAAGGUACAGUCGGGGAGCAGGUGCCGCUUUCGGAGUCAUCAUCAGUGGCGUCUUCGGUGAAGAAGAACGAAACGAUCGCUCUCGACGUGCAAGUCAAAUUCCCCACGCUCUCGCCUAUGUCAAUGCAGGGAAAGCGUCAAGCGCGCUCACGACUGCUGGCCGUCGAUAGUGAAGAGGCUGCUAAACGCCACAGAGAAGAAGCUCAUAAUACGCUAGAAGCCUACAUGUAUCGCCUCCGGGACUUGCUGGAGGACACGAGCCCAACAACUCCGUUCUUCAAGUGCUCACAGGAUGGUGAAAGGAAAAGAAUAUCUGAGAAACUGCAGGAGACGUUCACGUGGUUGUCCGAUUAUGGAGACGACGCCGAUACGCGAGAGCUGAUCGAGAAGCGAACGGCACUAGAGGACCUCGAGCGACCGGUUGUUCAUCGAUACAAGGAGAUCGAAGAAUUCCCCAAGGCGCUGAACAAUAGCCAGAUGUGGAAUUGGAACACGCGCGUGUUCCUCGGCCAAGCCAAGCACGAUCUGGUGGAUGCGGAGGAAGGUGGCCAGCCGUCGAAGUACACCGCCGAGGAGAUUGUGGCGCUCGAGAAGGUCCUGCACGAACAUGAGCGGUGGCUGGACGAGUGGGUCGAGAAGCAAAAGUCAGUCAAGAUGAACGAAGACCCCGUCAUCUUGACAAGCGAGAUGCGGGCGCGAGCAAAGACGCUAGAGAACCACCUACAGAAGCUGGUGAAGAAGAAACCGCCAAAGGUGCCGAAGAAGAAGACCAAUGCGCAAGCCACGACGCCUGUGGAAGAGACACCGGAGCAGGAGAGGCCAAGUGGCACAUCAUCAUCUAAUGAGGGUGCUGCACAUGAUCAUCACGAUGAACUGUAG